ACAACUCAUUGCAUUGUCGGUCGGGCAGGAGAGCGAAAGCAGCGUUGUGCAAGGACUGUGACGCGAAAAAAUACAACGCAGAUCGUCCCGAGCUAUCAAAAAGCAGCGGCGGAUUCAUCGCAGAGGUCUGACGGCGACAUUCCUUAAACAAGAAAUUGAAUCACUCGAGAUGUCACGCGAGGACACGCUAUACCAGCUGAACAAGGACUUCGUCCAACAAGACGCCGCUCUGAUAAAAGACGUGGCCGAGUCGUGUUUGUAUGAUUAUGGAAAAUCGUACGAAGCGCUGGCCAAUUUGUUCCACGGCAACUCCUUGACGGAGCAGCCAAAGUUGUUGCAAAGUGUGCUGGUGCCAACUGAGGAGGUUGUGGACCAGCAGACGGUGCCGGAGAUGCCUCGCAUUUUGCCCGUGGGCUCGGACCAAAGUGUGCCUAGCAACGGCGGGGCCUCGUACGCGGCCCGAUUCAACGGCACGGGCCCAAAGCCCAACUCAGGGGCCAUCCGAAAGUCAGCCGUCUUUAAUCAUAAACAACGGAAGAAAAUAAAGGAGACGAGUAACUUACCAAGUUUGGAAAGAAUUAAAGCUAUGCUUUGUGAGAAUUGGAAUGUCAUGGUCAUAUUAAGAGGUCUGCCGGGUAGCGGCAAAUCUUAUUUUUCAAAAGAAUUAAUUGAAAUGGCCGAAGAGCAAAAAUUUGAUCACCAAGUGUGCAGCGCUGACCAUUAUUUCAUGAAACCUAAUGGAAAGUAUGAGUUUAAUCAGUACGACCUUCAGAGAGCACAUGAAUCUUGUCAAGCAAAUGCGCAGAAAGCAUUAUCAAAUAAAACACCUCUGGUUGUAAUAGACAACACUAAUUCAGUGGAUUGGGAGAUGAAAUUUUAUAUUUUUGAAGGUGUAAAAAAUGAAUACCACAUUGAACUUUGGGAGGCCUCCACUGGCUGGUGCAACAACGUCGGUCAGCUGGUGCAGAAAACAAUUCAUAACGUGCCUGAGAGAACAAUCAGAAAUAUGAAAGAAAGAUUCCAGACCUACACAAUUGAUCAGCUUUUGCGGCGAUACCAACUGACGAAUAAAUACCAAAGAUCGUUAAGUAAUGAUUCUGUACUAAAAUUCGACGCUCCAGUGGUUAAAAUGCCCAAAGAGAAUGGAUUAAGUGAAUCUAGCAAUCCGGGUGAAAAUUAUUCAACUGCGGAGCCAAAAGCUGAUCAAAUAGUUGCUGAAGAGAAUCACAUAAUGUCAGAGAGCGAAGAAGAAAUCAUUGACUACGAGGGAGUUCCCGAGUCGGCCCGUGUUUUCUACAAAAACCUGCCUGUUCUUUACUGUCAUGUCGACGCUGAAACUCUGAGACAGAUUUUUCGCGAUUGCCACUUUGACCAGGAAUACUUUUUCGAAGCCAUGGAAAAUUCUGCAGCGCUGCUCGAGAAGAAGUCUUUAAUGAGCCUCAAGCCUUUAAUUUCACCUGCAGUCAACAUAAGAGGGGCUCCGCUAAAAAUUGACCAACCUACUCCUUCGACUUCAAAGAAAAAGGUGACACUCCACCAAGGAGCAGACGCAAUUGAACUUAAAAAGGCCAUAGAGGAGAAAUUUGUUUUUGCCAAGCCAGGAAAUUCCAAGUUUUCACUAUUUUCUGUGCAGCAGCCAGCCGUUCCUGAGAAUGUGGAAUCAGAGGAUGAUGCUGUUGACACGACUCCGUCAACUCCGAGCAGUUCGUCGAGCGACGAGGAGGAAUAUGAAAUGCAGUUGGACGUCAACUUCGCUCGCAACAUGCUGCUAGACUUUGGUGGAGCGUACGCAGUCGAAGAUUUACCUCCAGAUGCAUUCCAAGUAAAAAUUCCUGCUUCCCUUGCUUUACAAAUCCACUCCUUCUGGAUGGAAGCAGUGGAAAAGAAUCUGGAACGCAAGCAAAGAGAGCUGAAUGCUCAACUAAGGAAUGACGAGGCCAUCGCUCAUGCGUUGGCAAUUGAAAAUGUCGAGCAGCCUGAAGAGAAUCCAAACAUGGACGAUAUUCUGGAAAUGGAGAAAGCCCUACUCGCAGUUAAAAAUUUGCAAAUUAAAGACGGCAAGAAUGAUUUAGCAACCAAGUUGUCUCGCGAGAAGCUGCGCAAUGAGUUUCCUAAUGUUGAUCCUGUGGCGAUCGACAGCAUUUUUGAGAGCAAUAAUCGAGACUAUGGCGAAGCAGCUCGAAUUAUUCAAGAGCAAUACAUGACGGACACUGGAGCAAUUAAUGUUUACACUCCGGAAGCUUUAAAGAAAAGAGAAGAGGAACUGAUGCAACAGGCACUUCAGGAGAGCAUUAAGAUGCUGCAAGCUGAGGAGAGAAAGAAACCAUUAUUCGUUGAGGUCAUUCCUGUUAAUGAUAAAAUCAAGACAAAAAUGGAAAAGGCUAAUUUUGAGACGGAAAUUGCUAAAUACAGGGACGAGGCCAACGAGGAGCGCAAUAAAAAAAUCAAGUACAUUGGCAGCAUGCAAGCUGCUCUUCAAAGGAAGCAUUUCGGUGUCGCCUCGUACUACAAACUCAUGGUGGACGCGUGCGACGCUAAUUGCAACAUGCUCAACCAAAAGGUCUCUGCUCUGAUCCUUCAAAAUUCAAGCCUUGAAUGCUUGGAUUUGCAUUAUCUUCACGUCAGGGAAGCUAUAAACGCAGUUGAACUGUUUUUGGAUCACCACGUUUACUUGAGAGAAACCAAUUCAAAAUUAUGGAAUGACAAAGUGAAAAUAGUGACCGGUCGCGGCAGGCGCAGCCAUGGCGGCAUUCCCAAGCUCUGGCCCGCAAUCAAAAAAUACCUGGACGAUCACAAGAUUAAAUACACUUACGACGCUGGCUCGUUCACACUGGACAUCUCGAAGGAUCUUCAGUACAGCAAAAACUACAUUGACGAGUGAGAACGUUACUGGAACCGCAGAAGACAACAAUGUUAAUUUUAAUUUUUAAUUUUCACAUCUACAAGUUACCAAUGCAACCUGAAAUCAAGGAACGGGUUGUAUAUUAGCGUUAAUUUCUAUUUUCAAGCGUUUUGGUGGGAUAAUAUAGUGUUUUAAGCUUAAAUUCACAGAUAUCAAGAACAAUAUUAUGCUAUUUUUGUGCCCUCGUACAAAAAAAUAUUUUUAAAGAGGUUAUUCAGCUUUUAUCAAUCUUAUUCUCUACGAUUUUUAAUCUAAAAAUAAUAAUUUUUGUACCUUUGGGUUAGUGAACGGUUUUAAAGAUUCCUUGUCGCAUUAAGACACAUACAUGAUGUGCUGUCAUUUUAAUGGUGCUCUAUUUUUUUAUACAUUUGAAACGAAAUGAUCAAGUACACAUGGACAGAACUUAAAGACUGGAAUUUUAACUCUGGAAGUUCAAAUCAUUUUUAUUUUGAUAGUUAACAAAACAAAAAAACUUGACCAAUAAAAGUGUUAAAAACAGAUGAAGGGAAAUAAAUGGACAAGAAAGUUGAUUUUUGCUUAACGAGAAAGUUGUAUCAUGAGAAUCAAUAAAUAUUUUAUCUUGUUAUAAAACCUA